AUGGACGGCUCGGCUAUCACGUACGCAACGUCCAAGGACUGGCUGGACAUCAUGAAGAAUCGAUCAAAAGUGCGCAUGCACGAGCUGAUCGAGCGUCUUGGACUACGCGCCAAAUGGUCGUCCAACAAACGCGGCAAGACAAACUUUGAAUCCGCCCUGGUGCGCGAACUGGUCGCAGAUAUGGGUGAUGUCGUCUCUACACUACCAAAAGAGCCGGAUGAGCUUAUGAAGUUUCUAAGCGACGAGGGAAGUCUGAAAGAGGAGGUUGAUGGCUUACUUGAGAAACAUGGCGCUAAGGUCUGGGGAAGAGUGGGGGACCGUGAGCAUCUAAUCACAGCGAACGAACCCGGGGUUGAAAAAGGUCUCUACCCUAGGGAUCUCUACAUUGAAAACGAGGAGGACAGGGCACUAAUUCACAAACUCCUCCAUUGGUGGAUCGGACUGAAAGCAUGCAACGUCAUUCUUGCGCGCGAACGUCUGGACCGGGAAAGAAGAAAGAAGGCAGAGAACCGACAAGCGCGAGCUGACGCCGAGUUUUCUGGUCAGCAAGAGGGUGGUACGCCAGCAUCCUUUGUUGCGCUUGCACCAAAUUCAGUGUUGCAUGAUGGCGACACAGCCUCACGUGGAAGCCCCAUGUCAUCGAGCGCUAUGCUUACGCCUCCAGAAUCUGGAGAGAGUCCUACUAUAGGACCUCGAGAAGGAGCCGGGUUCACAGCUCCCAACGGCAGUGCACAUGCGACGAAUGGUAACGCAGCGUUCACGUCCACGAAAACACACGAACAGCAGGUUUCGCAACAGCCUAGUAGUAUCGUCGAGGGUGUUUGGAAUAAGCUCGCUGCUGAGGCAUCCAAAUCUCGGUACCUUAGCACGCUGUCAGGACCUGCUCCCACCCAAGCCGCACAUUCUACCGAAACCAAAGCCGCAGUACAACAGCAGAUCGCAAACGCGACCCAAGCUGCUGCUGAUCGGCAAAUUAGUGUUCAAAUGGCCGCGCUGGUCGCAAGCUUUCGGUCGGAUGACGGGGUACCAGAAGAGCUACCACAGCCAAAUAACAGUAUAUCGUAUCGUGGGUUGGACUACGAUGGUUUACGAGCACUACGCCAGUACAUCUAUGGAGAAGAGCGUGGCGUCUCAAUGGAUGAGGAAGCUCUUCUUAACCAACUUGAAAGAACGUGGCGAGAAGGCGUCCGAGCCGACUACAACAGGAUAAUUGAGAACAUCCCCGUCUUCAUCGCCAGGGAACGAGCAUUUUUAACAUGGGUGGAACUGAAGCGACAUCUGUCAGCUCUGUUACGAGCAAACGACCGUUGGUCAGCCGAAGGCCACACGGCCGCCGAAAUUGAGCGCCGCAUUCAACAGCACCGCACACUUAUGGGCUGCACACAAACGAUCAUCGCCAACUUUGAAGACAUUGGCCAAGGCUUCGGUCUCGGUCCCAAUGUCGCUGUGGACCGCGAUGAGCUGCUGCGACAAGCUCUCGUGGUAUUAGCUGGGGAAAAGUAUGCUGUUGAGAUGCAGUGGAAGCCUGUAGACUUUACGCAAGUCAUGGGAUGGCUGCACGACCACUUGGAAAGCUUCCGCAAGGAAGAAGAAGAAGAGGGAAAGGGUAUGCUCUGGUAUAUUGGCGAGUCACGACGCUAG